CCAGCUGCUUGGGAAAUGUCAUACAGGCAGAGGCCCGUGCUGCAGUAGGGGGCGUAAUAGGAGGGGAAAAAAUAACAACAUUUUUUACUGCUCUCACUGCAUCCUUUACUCGCGUCUCUGCCGUGCAAGUUCCACAUCCCGCUACAAGCAGCAGCAGCCGUCGCCUGAUAACUACUCGAAGUCUCAAUGCUUGUUUCGCAUUAGGGCUAAUAUAAAAAAAAAUCCGUGCCAGACAUGGAGGAGAACAUCAUGCUUUUCUUGAAGAUGUUAGUCCAACAAACUAACUGGCUUGUGACGACGAUGCCCAGUCGAAGAUCCUGGGACUGAGACGUGAAUCCCUUUACACUGAUGGCCUGGACUGAGUUUCAGCUGGCCUGCUGAAGCUAUGGGGAGCUGUUGGAGUUGUCUGUACAGAGACCCCAUUCGAGACAACCAUCUCACUAAAUUUAAGGUCACCAAUGUGGAUGAUGAGGGCAAUGAGCUGGGCUCUGGGAUCAUGGAGCUCACCCAGACCGAGCUCAUUCUUCACACACGCAAGAGGGAUGCCAUCCGGUGGCCGUAUCUCUGCCUGCGACGCUACGGCUACGACUCCAACCUGUUUUCUUUCGAGAGCGGCCGUCGCUGUCAGACUGGGCAGGGAAUUUUUGCAUUCAAGUGUUCCCGGGCAGAAGAGAUCUUUAAUCUGCUUCAGGAGCUGAUGCAAUGCAACAGCAUCAACGUGGUGGAAGAGUCUAUGAUGAUGAGUCGCAGUGGUCACACACCAGAGAUGGAGAUGUCUCGCACGCCACAGACUCCCAACACUCCAGCGUUCCCAGUCCAGGCUUUUCCCAAUGGAUACCCUGGUUAUCCAAUCAGAGGUGAUUCCUCCCAACCCUCUCUUGCUGAUGAUCAUGGACAUGGCCUCAUGGGUUUGGAAGACCAGACCCACACCUAUGUAAAUACUGUUAGUAUGGAGGGGGAUCUCUCUAUACGUCACUGUGUGCACUCCAUGCCUGAGGUGCGGCCCAGCACUUUCCCUGAAACAACACGGGGAGCCAUGCCUGUCGGGGGCCAAGGAAAUCCGCAGCCCAACUUGCGGUGCUGUCCCCUGGAGGAGCAUAACGAUCCUCAGGUGUUCUUACAGCCGUCCUCGCAGGAGGUCAAAUUCAUGCUGGGCCCCACUCCAGCUCAACGCCAUCUGCUGGAGAGAGAGAGGGAGAGAGAGAGGGAGAGAGAGAGGGAGAGGCAUGGGCACAAUCCUCACAGCCUUCAGCCAGUAGAGGGUGCAACAGGCUCAGAGACGGAAGGAGAUGAGCCCUCUAUGCACCUGUGCAACUCUCACUCGUAUCACCAUUUCCAUCACCACACGCACCGGCACCCGAGCCUUGAGCACACGGACAGUUGCCAGGGCGGCGAACUCACCUACGAGAACAUCAAUGGCCUGAGGAUCGGCCGGAAGCAGCGGCUGAGUCCCAGCAGCGUGUCGCAGUCUGUGGGUUCAAGCAGCAGCAGCAGCACUGGGGACAGUCACUCACACUCUGUCCUGCACCCACACGUCCACGGCCCAUCAUCUCUACCCACGCAGGGCUACGCCUGCGAGAGGGGCAUGGGUGGAGGUCAUCGUCGGACAGCGCUGCUUAACUACGAGAACCUGCCCUCUCUGCCGCCGGUGUGGGAGUACAGGGCUCUGCAGCGGGAUGAUGAACAGGAGGAGGAUGACGAUGAGCAGGACGAGGAGGAAUACGAGGAAGAAGAGGAAGACUUUGAUGAGUACGAGUUCUCAGAAGGCCCUGGGACACCCAACGGGUACCACCAGGAUGGUCGUGGCAUCCACAGAGAUGCCCUGCAGAACUAUGUCAACACUGAGCAGGUCCAGCCGACCCGGCUCCGACACGCCUGCCCCCCGCAUCCACGAUCAUGUCAGCCAGACAGAGGGGGGCGAAUAUUUAGCUUUGAUUUCCGCAGACGAUCGAGGCCAGGGGUUGGAGGCUGUGAGCACAGCCACAUUCCUCCAUCGCGGCAGCUUAAUUACAUCCAGGUGGACCUAGAGGGAGAACCUCCUUGUCAAGCUCUCAGCAGCGGGGGUGCCCAGCCCCAGCCACAGCACCAGCGCCUACCACCCAAAAAAUGUGGCCCACAGGCACCCCGGCGCAGUGAAUGCUACGCAGUCAUUGACCUAAAGAAGACCGCUGCCAUGUCCAACCUGCAGAAAGCUCUGCCCAGGGAUGAUGGGACUUCCAGAAAGACUCGCCACAACAGCACAGACCUGCCUCUGUAAAACGGCAUUCAAACUGAAGAGGAACGAUGAAGACAGAUGAAGGCUUAUCCUCAACUUAGCACACUGGACCCUUCACUGUCAUCCAUCCAUUCAACUGUCGGGCUGACUAAUUCAGUGCAGGUACCUAAUUAGAAACUUACUGAAACCUAGCUGUGCAUAUAAAAGGAAAUGAGAAAUU